UCGCUCAGCGGCUUCAGCGGCCCAGGGGUCGGCGGCGGCUCUGGGCUGCACGGCGACGCGACCCCGGCGCGGCAGCGCUGCCUGGCGCGGGUUGCCGAGUCCGUCUCGCAGCUGGCCCCCCCGCCGGGCGACCUUGUUUUGGCGGCCCUGCAGGAGCUCCAGGUUGCUCUAUCUCGCGACGGCUCGCUGUCGACCAAGACGGAGGCGAUGGGCGUUUCCCGGCUUUCGCUGCCGCCUUCAGGAAACCGCCCCGCGGCGCUCGAGCAGCCGCUGGAGUCCGAGGCGCAUGAUUCUGCCGAUCGUGAUAUGUCAAGCAUGGUUUUGCCGGGUGCCGAAGUUUUGCAGCAGAAAUUGGAUAUUGGCAUCAAUGGGGCCCUACAUCUGGGCCCUUUUCUUCGUGGCCGCCGCUGGCUCGCAGCCGCGGUCUCGCGUCUGCUCGACGCUGGGGCCGUCGAUCUUGUCAGAGACCCCAGCGAGGUGAUCGACGAGCGGGCGUCGCAGUCGGCGGCCGAUCGGGCGGGGCUGCUGCCGUCGACGGGGAUUGUGGAUCGCCAGACCUGCGCGGGCUCGGCGGCGGAAGCGCACCUUGAGCACGUCGACAACUUCGCCUCGCUCUCGCUGGGCCGCGACACCGCCGCGCGGAUGAAGGGCGAC